AUGUCGCAAUCGUAUAUUUAUCCUUGUCCUUUUAACCGUUCAACAAUUGAUGUGUUUUGGUUAUUUUUUUUCACAUGUUUUUUUCUCGAAAAAAAACUUCAGAAUUAUCAAGAUAUUUUUUUAAUGAAUUUUUUAAAAAAUUUAAGGUUUUGUUUAUGAAUUUUCAAACAUUUAAUCAAAAAUUAUUAUUAUGGACAAUAAAAACCCGGUUUGUUUUGGCCCGAAAUGUUUCCAAUCGAAAACAUCAGCAAUGUAAUUAUGAUGUACUUGGUGUCAAACCAAAUGCAUCGGCAUCGGAAAUUAAAAAUGCUUAUUAUGAAAAAUCGAAAAAAUAUCACCCAGAUUUGAAUAAAGAACCUGGAUCGGAUAUAAAAUUUCAACAAAUCAAUUCAGCAUAUGAAACAUUAUCAAAUGAAACAAGUCGUAAUGAUUAUGAUAUAAGCCGUGGUUAUUUAUCCAGAAAUCCUAUACAUAAUAAUCCAACAACGUCAUCUUCUCGAAACCACGAUUUUGAUAAUUACACCAUCUAUACAAGAAAUAUUUAUCGACGAAUGAAACAAAAAGAAUUUGACAAAGCAUAUCGUAAUUCAUCCACUUAUGGUGGCCCAAAUAAUACUGGUCGAAAAGAUUUUCGUCAACAAAUGGCCGAAGAACAAGCAUUUUAUGAAAGUUUAGAUGAAACUUUGAAACAAAAAUAUGAAGAAUAUUAUAUUCGUAAGGAUGAAAAUUUGCGCAAUAAUAAUCGUGAUGAAAAAAUGCGAUCAAAUGUUAUGAAAAGUGAUAGUCAAUUUAUUAUUUUUGCAGCAUUGAUACUUUUCUUUUUGAUUGUUGGUUCGGUUAAUGAUAUUGCUAUUAGUAAGACAUCCGACAACGACAAUAACAAAUCAUCAUCAACACUUCAAUUGAAAAAAUAAUGCGAAAAAAAUGUUUGUUUUUUAUUUCAUUUUAUAUAACCCUUUCAGUGCAAUGU